AUGUCAAAUAGUGACUUAGAGGAGGAGGAUAGACUUCUAUUCAAGCAGAAUCCUAUAAUUUGUGCUGGGGAACCAUGGCGGUAUCCCUUAUUAACAGAGACAGUGCUUGUAGACUUUGUAACAUACUGCCAUUCAGUUCUGGGUAUAGCUUAUACAUCAAUCAAAACAGGGAUACGUUUCUUUUAUAUUAGAGCAGGUAGGGGCAAUCCAUUGUGGUCACCAGAAGGGGUCCCACUGCCCAGAUUAGAGUACAUUCUAAAGGGAAUCAAAAGGCAGCAAGCACACCCGGCCAGACAACGAUUGCCCAUCACAGUCGACAUCCUGGAUCACAUGUGCAGGUCCUUACAUCAAGGAUGCUUUACCCCUUUUGUUGAUAGCCUGAUGUUAGCAGUAGUUUGUUUGGCCUUUUUGGGGUUCCUCCGUUGUGGGGAAUUCACGGUUAGAGGCAGUUUUGACUGUGACAGUAAUUUGUGUAGGAAUGAUGUUGUGUUAGCGGAGGACAAUUCCUUUAUGGAGCGUACCCUCCGGUCCUCCAAGACGGACCCAUAUCGGAGAGGAGUCAAGAUAGUCGUGUUUGACAAUGAACGAUUCCAACAUGUACACGCUAUGUCUCAAUAUCUGAGGCUCAGAGCCUCUAUCCCCCGUCCCUCCCCCGCUUUGUUUGUGACGCAGGAAGGAUACCCUCUCACAAGAGAAUUUUUCCUCCACAAACUGCAAGUGCUGUUAAACAGGCUCAGUUAUAGGAGCAGUGACUUUAAUGGGCACUCGUUCCGUAUUGGCGCGGCUACUACGGCAGCAGCCAACUUUGUCGACGACCAUCUCAUUCAAACAUUGGGUCGGUGGUCCUCCAUGGCAUAUACACGAUACAUACAUACCUCUUUGGAUACACUGAAAGCUGCUCAACUCGCUAUGUGUCAGUAUUAA